GGACAAUAUAACUAGCGAAGCUUUUUUUUUUUCUUUCAGGAAUACACGGGAGGAGGGGACGAUUUUCAUUGGGUACUCCGAGCCUUUCCCGCGAUGCAUUGCGACAGAGGGCGGUGUAUCCCUUCACAUCCUGUGCUCUAGCCGCUGGCUUCCGGUGUCCUCUCUGCUCUUCCUUGCCGAAGUGACUGCUCGAGGGAGGAUGCUGUCUUCACGAGUACUCAGCUUGGUUGGGAGAAGAGCACUGUCUACAUCAGCAUGCCUGCAGGGACAUGCUGCUGUUGUCAAACCAGAGACUUACAGCCUUCCUGUCUACGUUGAUCGGCGUAAUGUGCCACUGCCUGAUAUUGCUUUCGUAGAAACUCUUUCUUCUGAGCAGAAAGCUCUGAAAGAAAAGGAAAAGGGAACAUGGGCAUCAUUGAGCGCUAAAGAGAAGCUGGAGUUGUACCGCAUAAAAUUCCAAGAGAGCUAUUCUGAAAUGAACCAGGGAUCCAGUGAGUGGAAGACCAUUCUUGGUGGCACUCUCUUCUUCAUUGGUUUUACUGCAUUCGUCAUUCUCUGGCAGAGAAAGUAUGUUUAUGGAGAUGUUCCUCACACCUUUUCUGAUGACUGGGUGGCUAAGCAGGCCAAAAGAAUGCUGGAUAUGAGAAUCAACCCAAUUCAGGGGUUCUCUUCUAAGUGGGACUAUGACAAGAAUGAAUGGAAGAAAUAAUCCUGCUCUUCUGAGAAGCUUCAUAUUUGCAACCAAAACAUGUUUGUCUAAAACCUUACAAUGGUCCAAUCCAGACACAAUACCUCAUUACUUAUUUACUGGAAUAUAUUCAUCCUUCUUGUGCUACCAAUAAAGUGCUGGUUUACUUGA